AUGAGUGUUAUCUCACCACCAGUUUCGCCCGGAGAAGAGGCUUCUUCGCAGAUUAACAAAGAACGUCAUUCUAGAACCGUGAUUCCACUGAAUCAAACGCAUGAUUUGGAGAAAGCAAGCAAAUGUUUAGAUAAAGCGUUUGCGGACUCUCCAGCUAACGAUUAUUUGAUGAAGAAAUUCUUCAACGUUCCCAUCACCGACAAAUGUAGUAAGGAAAGAGUCAACUCCAUGUUGAAAUAUUUCUUGCAUCUUUACGAUGAUUUCGGUGCAGAAGUUGUUGAAGCGAACAAUUUUGACGCAGUCGCCGUUUGGACUACUCCGAAGACUCAUUUCCAUCAAAGUGAAACCAAUGAUCCAAAGUUCAAUGACGUUUUCUUCACUCAGUUAGGUCGCAGAACAAAGGAGUUGUUACCACCAGGCAUUGGUUAUUACUAUUUGUUCAUCAUUGGUAAGGAUCUUACUCAUCCUGAAAUCAGAGGCUCCGUUAGAGCCAUAUUUGAUUCAUACAAGAAGAGGGCAGAUGAAGAGAAUUGUGCUAUGGUCUUAGAAGCCAUAUCUGAUAAGGCUAAAUCUGUUUACGAGUAUUUCGGAUUCAGAAAUUAUUUGGACUUCUACUUCGGUCAAAACGAGGUCGAUUCCAAGGGUAAUUAUGAUCCUAACGGUGAAGGUUUCAAAGGACACUUGAUGAUCUAUUAUAAGGAUGAGAUCCCAGGUGCCCUACCAUGA